AUGCUGUCAUGUAGGUUGUGCCUUGCAUACAGGAGAAACACCCACCCCAGCAACACAAACACACACUCACACACCUUCUGGCUUGGUCCCAAAGACCGUGUUCCACUCCUCAUUCCAGGUGGCCUGCACCUUGUCCAUGAACUUGUCAAAGGUCUCGUACUUUUCCGGGAACAUGGGCUCUGCGCGUGUACGUGGUUGUGGAGGAGGGAGAAUCGAGCCUUUGCAAUGCUGGUGCACAUCAGGGCGCAGGGAAUCUUGCGUUCCAAGAGGGCAAGCCGGUCGUGGGUUGAAGCUCCACAGCCCCCUCCCAGGUGCACAGGAGUGCAGGGCACUGAAGGCCAUACCUGUCGGCCCCCCGACUCAGGCCCAAACAGGCACAUACCAGAGUAG